UUUCGAUACUUCCACUAACAUCUAUUGGCUCUUACGGUUAAAACGAGGCGUCAACCAUCUAAAUCGACCAAUCCCCGGCCGAGUUAAUAGCCUGCGUAACUGGAUGUACCUUGGGUGCGUUAAAUAUGGAGACUGGUGGUGAGCUUGUGGCCUCUUUACGCACGCAUUCUGACGAGUACUGAGAGCGCAUGGGGAGAGAGUUUUUGAGAAGUUUUGAGAUAUUUUAUUUUUAUUUUUUGAGAAGUUUAUCAUAAAAAAUGGAGAAGGUGUUAGACAUUUUACACGAUGGGCAUGCCGAGGACUCCGUUUCUGCUGGAGACUCCACAUCUGACCAUGACGAUGGAGACUUGUUGUUCGGCAGCGACAAUGACUACAUGCGUCCAUUAGAAAGUGAUGAUGAGGGGCCAUCCACACCCCAGACAGACACCACUCCGAUGCAGCGAGGGUGCCCAGCUCAUCCAGCUUCGGCUCCCCUUCCUCUGCUCUCCUCCUCUGAUUCAGACUCACCCCAAGAGAGACAGCCGAGACGCAAAGGGAAACCCCCACAAAAAACAUCAAGCAAGCGUGGUCGAGGUGGGUCAGGCAAGCGUGGUCGAGGUGGGUCUACAACACCAGCAGUGAGAGACGAAGAGGAAGAAGAGGAGGAGAGGUGGCAUAACAGACAGGAGGAGGACAAAAAACCUGCCCCUUUUCGAUUCAAGCCGGCUAGGAUCCCUGGCCCUACAUUCGACACGACACUGUCAUGGUCUCCCCUUGCACUCUUCCAGCUGUUUUUUUCCAACUCUGUUGUCAAUACUAUAAUCAGCAACACAAAUGCCCACGCUGCCAAGAGACAACAAGCGGGGAAAAAGUUCAAGUGGGAAGUGCUUACAGUGGACGGGUUUUAUACAUUUUUGGCUGUGAUCAUUUUCCAUGGUCUUGUGACGGUCCACAAUUUUGCAGACUAUUGGAGGAAGACAUCCCCGUACAACUUCUCCUUCCCACGUGACAAAAUCACACGUGGGCGUUUUGAGGCCAUCCUGUGGUCACUUCAUCUCAGCAACCCUACUGAAGAUGAGGAAAAUGAACGAAAGAAGACCACUGGGGAAUAUGACCGUCUAUUCAAAAUAAAGCCGCUCUACAGUGAGCUGGUGACGGCCUGCAAGGCACACUUCCAUCCACGUCAAAACCUUUCCAUCGACGAGCGCAUGGUUGCUUCCAAAGCCAGAAUACGCAUGAAGCAAUAUAUGAAGGACAAGCCCACAAAGUGGGGGUAUAAGCUUUUUGUUCUGGCAGAUUCUUCCAUAGCAUAUACAUGGAACUUUUUUGUUUACACAGGAAAGAGUGUGUCCACCACAGGUCACGGGCUGAGCUACACAGCAGUCAUGGACCUAUUGCCUUUUGCUGCGCUUGGUGGGGGCUACACUGUGUAUACGGACAACUUUUACACAAGCCCUGCCCUGGUCCAGGAUUUGGCGAAGAAGUUCAUCGGCUGUUGUGGAGCCAUCCGGAGAAAUAGUAUCGGUUUUCCUAAGACCGAAGCAAACGACCUUCCUAAGGAUGCUGAGAGGGGAGAUCUGCGUUGGAUGCGGCGCAGGAACCUCCUCUUCGUAAAAUGGAUGGAUACACGCGAAGUGUCCAUGUGCUCGUCGGUGCAUGAGGCCUUCACUGGUCAGACGGUCAGGAGGAGGGUGAAGGAGGCUGGCGUGUGGCAGGUGAGGUCUGUACCCGUCCCCGACGCUGUAGUGGACUACAACCACAGCAUGGGGGGUGUGGACCUAUCUGAUGCACUGAUAGGCUACUACAGCGUCAGCCACAAGACCAUGAAAUGGUAUAAAACAUUUUUUUACCAUUUUGUGGACAUCGCAGUGGUGAACAGCUUUCUGCUACACAAGGAGCUGCUGGAGUUGCGGAACCCUACCCAGACAAAGCCGUACACCCAAAAGACCUUCAGAGAGCAGCUGCUGAAAGAGAUGGUGGCGUUUGCUGAAGGCUCAGCAGCUACUCCACCGCCUGCCUCUGCGCCCACCACUUGCAUGCCCAUCUACUAUGCAAGUGAGGACAAGCAAAUUCGCAAGCAUUGCAAGAGGUGCCUCAAUGCUGGGAUCCCGAGGGUGAAGACUGCCGUGUAUUGCAGAAAAUGUCAGGUGCCACUGUGUCUCAGUGCAAAAAAUAACUGUUUCAAACGCUGGCACGACAACUUGUAGAGGAAAAGGAGACUUAGGGGGGGCUGGUUUUAGUUUGGACUUUACAGCCAGUGUAAAUAGUUGUGUGAUCUUUUUUGUUUGACAGUUUACAGUUUGGUUAUUAUUGUUGAUGUGUUGUUUUUAUUUGGACUUUACAGUCAGUGUAAAUAGUUGUGAGUGUGUUUGUUUUUUAUCAUUGUUGAUAUAUAAAUGUUUCAUUUUGAUUCAAACUUCAGUUGCUUUUUAUGGUUAUGGUUAUUCCAAAAAAAAUAAAAAUAAAAAACUGUUAAAUGUAUGUGCUGAUCCCAGAUAAUGUGAUCAGCAUCAUUGCAAAGAGAUAUUCAUAGAAAAAGUGUGAUUGUUUUUUAGGCGAAAAUGAAAUCUGUCAUUUAUGCUUGUGUGCUCAAUUAAUUUACUCUGAGCCAGUGACAUAAAUGCUGAUACCUACACAUCUGAACAUAUUUCACAAGUGUUCCCUUUCUAAUGACACCACAAUUAUUCAAAUAGACCUUGUAGAUGCAGAGAUAUUCUCUAUUCAUUUUGGGUAUGUCAUUUUUCGAGCAGAAACCUAAAAAAAUAGGCUACAGCUUAAGAGGUUAACUGAAAUGUAUGCAAACAAGCUUUCAAAAAGGAAUACAUCUUUCUGGAGAAAAAAGAAAAUAACAAAAGAAAAGAUGCAUACGGUGAAAUAAAAAGUUUUGGAAAUGAGUAAGUAAAAUAUCUUUUAUUUAUGUAGCACUUUUAAAACAAAGCCACAAAGUGCCAUGAAGAGGUAAUCCAAUCAAGU